GGAAUUUGUGACCAAUCCCCACCUCGUCGCCAUGCAAAAGGCCUUUGAGGAAGAUCUGGACCCCGUUGCACGCGCCGAUUAUCACAAAACGCAUGGCAAUGAUGCGUACAAAAAGGCCCUGGCUGCCACCAACAACAUCAAGCUUCGAAAAUCACACCUCAAAAAGGCCGUUGAAUGCUACACCGAGGGACUGCGCGAGCAAUGCCGCGAUGCCCACGUCGAUUCCACCCUGCUCAGCAAUCGCGCCGCAGCCAAUCUCAUGCUCGGCAACUGCCGACAAGUCAUUGGAGACUGUUCGCAGGCCGUCAUGCUCAAUCGCAAGAACAAAAAGGCCUACUUCCGGGCUGCCAAAGCCUGUCAUCGUAUCUCCAAGUAUGACAUGUGUGUGUCCUGGUGCGAUCGCGGUCUUUUGCUUGAAAGCGAUAACCAGGAACUCAACAACCUCCGUCAGCAAGCCACCCGCGACGCCGCCGCGCAAGCCAAGGAAGAGCGCCGCCGUGCUGCUCUGGAGCGCAAGCGUGCCGCUGCUCGUGCCAAGCUUGAUAAAGCCGUGACGGCCCGCGGUGUUCGCACAGCACGGACGCGUCCUACCGAGUGGUGGGAUGCCGCUGCCAAGCGGCACACCGGCGAGGAUGAUGCCGAUCAAUCAGCCAUGGUCCACGAAACCGAUGGGAAGGGCCCCGCCGUUGACGAUGACGGCGUGAUGCAUUGGCCCGUGCUCCUGGCCUACCCUGAGCACGCGCAGACUGAUUUUAUCGAAUCCUUCUGUGAACUCGACAGUCUCCGUCCCCAUCUCGAGCACAUGUUUCCCGAUCAAGCCGAGCCCGUUGUUCCAUGGGAUGUACACAACAAGUACAAGGCCAGCAAUCUCGUCGCGUACUAUGAACACAUUGUCGACAUCUCCCGCAAUGAAGUCAAGAUGAUCCCUGUUGACCUGGACAUGCCGCUGCUGCAAAUUCUUCAACAACCCACCCACGUUGUGUAUGCCAGCAUGCCCAUCUUCAUUGUCCUCGUGCGUGGUUCGCCCGAAGAAGCUGAAUUCCUGAAGCGCGUCAAAAAGUAG